AAGAAAAAGAAAAAAAAAAAAGAAAGGAAAGGAACGGCAGGACAACGCCGAGAGCGCCACGAAACGGCGAUGCCUAGAAGUUUGGAGGAGCGUCGAGACUAGGAGGCGUCUAGCAACCACCACUGGCCGAGUCGGAGAUAUCGCGCAAAGCCGUAAAGCGUCGUCGCUUGCGGUCCCUUCAAAUAAAAGGCUUUCCUCGCGGUCAGCGAGAAAAAAGAGAAAUGUCGGGAUCAUAACAGCCGUGGGAAACUUUUCUUUUCUUCUUGGUGCUUGUCGCGUUCGCGAUAACGUUUGUGCUUUCCCCGAGUUUACUUGUGAUCGAAUCCUCUCGACGAUACUAUUCCAUCGAAUUCCUUCUCGUCUCUUUUCCCUCUCUCUCUCUCGAAAAGUCCAAAAGUCCUCUUCUCUUUCCCUCUCUCUCUCUCUCUCUCUCUCUCUGUCUCUAUUUAUCUGUCUAUUUAUUUAUUUGUAUGGUUCUUUCUCUCUCUCGUCCCACCAAGUCUCGUGUGUCAUUCAAGACGUCAAUGACGAACCGUUCAAAAUACCGGAGAAAGUAUGAAGGAGCAUGCGAGAAGAUGGCCAAAAGAGUCUAAUGAGCUAUAAGUCAAACACGGCCGAAUGCCAAGCUUGCGCAGUCGCUGUGAUCGUCUAAACCUUGAUGAUGCAGGAAAGUCCUCAAUAUGGACAAAUUAUUCUUUCUUUCCUUGGAAUUUGAACAACUCCUCCAAUGUUCGAGAAUGUAAAGUGGAGGGAUAAGGUAUCUUUACCGUGACAAAGGUUAUCUUUGGUUAUGCUUUAGAUAUCGAUCGACGUUGGAAGAGGUGAGACGAGCUCCAUCCUUGUGAAGCAUGCUUGUUUGUCAGAGCUUACGAGCUUUUCGACGGUCGAUACGGAACGUAGUACAAUGCAAGGUCAAAAAUCGUGGAGAAAGCGAGCUGGCGAUGUUCCCGGAGAAGGAAAAUAAGAGGACCGACGUAAAUGCAAUGGAGGAAGGAUCUUAAGGAAAUAGACAAAAAGCAAGAUGGUGGUGGUGGUGGUGGUGGUGGUGGUCGAGAAAUUUGGCGUUGGGAAAAGGCGUGGCGGCCUAUCAUCUAGGUCACGUUCCUGAGCCCUGAUAUAUCGCGCAUUCCUCCUACGAUUCUCCUAUUGCCGAUCGAUUUUCUAUACCGCGAUCGUAAUCUCCUCGACGAAAAGGAAGAGAGAAAGAGAGGAGGCGGGAGGAAGGGUAGGAAGGGUUGAGGAGAAGGAUGGAGAGGGGGAGAGUGGUUCCUUUCGAUCCGUCGACGCAUCGAUAGUCUCUUCUACUUUCUCCGAAGGAAACCGUAACGUGGGGGCGCUUAAACUAUUUCUUCGAAAGGAUCGAUCUCUCUCUCUCUCUCUUGCUAUAUAUACACACACACACACACACACACACACACACAUAUAUAUAUAUACACAUAUAUAUAUUUCGGAGGAUGACCUUCGAGUCACAUGCGCCAUCGAAUAAAAAAUCUCUAAGUACCUCUGCUCUUCCUUCGGUCAUGCCUACUUUCAACGAUUUCAACUCUUUUACGAAGAAGAGAAACGAAAGCUAUGCGAGUGAGUGAAUUCCCGCGAAAGACGAAGAGGAAACGAUGGGGGCCUCGUUUAUCGACGAUAAGGGAUAUCAAUCGAUAUGGCGCAUCGUUAAAACUUGCAUCGACUAAAAUCUCUCUCGCGCUCCGAUCCACUCGAACUCAUCGUUAAUAUAUAUUAUUGGAUAUAUCGAAACGAAAGCUUCCCUAAUGAAUAUACUUUCGUACGAAAUCUCUUUCUUGUUACUCGUUAACUUUUUUAUAUUCUAUAUAUUCUAUUGAGAAGGAAGAAAUAUGAAGGAUCCACGAUACCAACAAUGUGCGAUUAUUAUAGUAUUAUUUACUUUAUUUAUUUUUAUUUUGGUUUCUUAAUACCUCUAGCAGAAAUCUAAGGGGAGAAAAGAGGGAGAAAGAGAGAGAGAGAGAGAGAGAGAGAGAGAGAGAGAGAGAGAGAGAGACUCGAAAGAUUACGACUGUACGUGUACAUAUAUGUGUAUGUGUGUGUUUGUAUCUCCGUGUUAAAGAGAAAGAUAAAACGGAGGUAUUAUUAUAGGAUGAAGCAUUAUUAUUAGAAGAGCAAUACCGAUCGAAUUUUUCUAUUUUUAAGACCGAUCGAUCGUUCGAGAAAUCGAAAGAGAACUAUUCGCAGAGUAAAGAAAAAGUGUUUUAGUCUAUACAUACUAUUGAAAUUAACAGGAGCGAUUUGUUGAUUCCCUCAAAGUCGAACGCUGCCAUUGACAAAGAAAUUCAUUUUCAACGCGCAUGUCCAAUGCCUUGACUACCAAGACGCUCUUCGCCGUUGCAAAGCAUUACAGGAAAGAGAGAGAGAGAGAGAGAGAGAGAGAGAGAGAGAGGGAAAGAGAAGCACAUAUGUUAAACUUUUUGCCAGGAUAUUCGCAAUAAAGUUGUCGCGAUAGAAGGAGAGAUACAGAGAGAUAAAGAGAAAGAAAAAAAAAUCUUUUCGUUUGCUACGAAUCUUUGAACUUGUUCGAAAAAUUUGAAAGAAACAGAAGGAAGGAGAGAAAAUCACAGAGAGAGAGAGAGAGAGAGAGAGAGAGAGAAGUAGACAAUGGACGAAGGAAAAUUGGUAGACAGCGAGUACGCUUCACUUAUACUCCAUUAUCAAUUAAAAUCGGCUGUGCUAUCGUUUAACCAGAGCUUAUCUUGCAUUUACCUAGUGUUCAUAUUUAAACGCCAUUCUCUGUCCACCUUCAAAUCGGCAGAGAUUGGAGAAGUUAAAGAAGAAGAAAAAAAAGUGGAAGACGAAAAAGAAAUAUAAUUCGAUAUUUUUGCUACGUUCUUUCCCUAAAAUCACAUCCAUCGAAUAUUAUAAAGGAUCGAUCAGUUUUUCGAUCGAAAGAAAAAGAAAAAAAGAAAUAUCGAUAUAUCAGUGAAAUCCUAAAGACUGAUGUUCCCGUUUUUGGCUAUUCUACUCUUCGUUCUUCGCUUAUUUGCAACGAAUUCCGCCCACAUCCUCUUUGCGUGUACGUCGAAGCCACGAAGAAGACGACACUAGGAGGAUCGAGUUACGUAAAGAAAGGGAAAGAGGAAGAGAGAGAGAGAGAGAAAGAGAUAAACGAUCGGUCGAGCGGAGCAGCGAUCGAUUUUCACGUCUUCGUCGAGAGAGAGAAAGAAAAUAAACGCCUUACGUCCUUGCGGUUCGUCCAUUUUCAAAUCCAGUGUAAUAGUAGCUCCCACUGAAUAUAAAAUAUCGUACAUCGAACAUCGUCAAGAACGAUGAUCCUUGAAAGCGAGGCAAGCAUCUUGCGAAUCGAUUGAUUCGACGAGAGAGAGAGAGAGAGAGAGAGAGAGAGAGAGAGAGAGAGAGUGCACAACGAUAAGAGAUUGAAAGAAGAGCAGGACCUCGGAGAUCGAUUAUCAUCGAAUCAUGACAAAAUACGGCUUGGUCAGACUCGCCCUGUGGCGACCAAGACGUUCCGUAACUUCGCAACCACCGAACAACCAGGAAAACAACCCUCUCAUGGAGGGCGAAGGUGGUGGUGGUGGAGGUGGCGGUGGAGUCGGUGGCCGUUCCGUGAGUAGUACUACCGGUGGUGGUGGUGGUGGUGUUGGUGGUGGUGGUGGUGGUGGUGGUGGCGGAGGAGGCGGUGGUGGUGGUGGCGGAGGAGGUGGCGGCGGAGGCAGUGUCGGCGGCCGACGUGCACCGAGUCUACGAUUGGUAAAUGGAAGAGCUACCACCGGGAUCAGUUUACACACCAGUAGCACAGAAUCCGUACGUUCGCCUCAUCACCACCUCGGUCAGCAGCAGACCGCCAAUAACAACAACAACAACAACAACAACAACAACAACAACAAUAACAACAACAACAACAAUAACAAUAACAAUAACAACAACAACAACCACAAUAACAACAACAACUGCCACGCCGGUAACAACCCCGCCGCGAACAAUCAUCCGAGACUCAACAAAGAUGACAGCAUCAAGAUUAGCAUCGAGAACACCAAUACCUGUACAGACAGUCUCGUCACCGCUUUAGACGACGAGGCACUGCUAAUCACUGACUUCUUGGGCGAUACAGGCAACGAGAUGAAUUACAAAGGCAGCGGUAAAGUCCACUUCGGAGUGGACGAUGUGUCCCUCUAUGGGACGCCGAAAGAGGAACCGGGCCCGGGUCUCCCGGGCCAGGAGGUUAAACAGAGCUUCCUUAAGAAUCAACUUCAAGCCCUCUUUCAGCCGACGGAUAACAAGCUUGCGAUGAAACUCUUCGGCAGCAAGAAGGCACUUAUGAAGGAAAGGAUCAGGCAAAAGGCGGCGGGUCACUGGGUCAUCCAUCCUUGCUCCAGUUUUCGAUUUUACUGGGACCUCUGCAUGCUCCUCCUUCUGGUUGCUAAUUUGAUAAUUCUGCCAGUUGCCAUUAGUUUUUUCAAUGACGACCUAAGCACUAGGUGGAUAGCCUUCAACUGCCUUUCCGACACUAUAUUCCUCAUAGACAUCGUCGUAAACUUUAGGACCGGUAUAAUGCAGCAAGAUAACGCCGAACAAGUGAUAUUGGAUCCCAAGUUAAUCGCAAAACACUACCUCAGGACUUGGUUCUUUCUCGACCUCAUCUCAUCCAUACCGCUAGACUAUAUUUUCCUCAUAUUUAAUCAAUUUCAGGACUUCAGUGAGUCCUUCCAGAUCCUGCAUGCUGGACGUGCUCUCAGGAUCCUCAGGCUUGCAAAACUGUUAUCACUCGUUAGGUUACUACGCUUGUCAAGACUGGUGCGGUAUGUCUCACAAUGGGAAGAGGUCUAUAGAAGAAAAAACAACAACAACAACAACAACAACAAAAAAACACGUAUUCGAAUAAAUUCCAAUCCUGAGACGUUCUACGUGCAACACUCGCUUGUUUGCUGUACACUACGCAAGAGAAAGGAGCUUCGUAUCGAUGAGAAAAGUCUUGACUACAAGAAAAGAAAAGAAAAGAAAAAAAAAAAGAAAAAAAAGAAAAAAAGAAAAAAAGAAAAAAAAAGAAAAAAAAGAAAAAAAAAAGAAACAGAAAAAAGAAGCCUGACAACUUUUCUACGUGCACGAAUCGGCACGAGAAUAAAGCUUUAUCGUUGUUGUUGGCAGUUCCUGAAUAUGGCGUCGGUGUUUAUGCGGAUUUUUAACCUGAUCUGCAUGAUGCUACUGAUCGGCCACUGGAGUGGCUGUUUGCAAUUUCUGGUACCCAUGCUUCAAGGAUUCCCCAGUAAUUCGUGGGUCGCCAUUAACGAAUUGCAAACCGAUCAAAUGCAAAUAAAAAAUGACGUGAGUAGGCAAUACAGAGUCGAGUUGCCUGGAAUACUCGAAGGAAAACUUUUGCAGGACUCGUUUUGGCUCGAGCAAUAUUCCUGGGCCCUCUUCAAAGCGAUGUCGCAUAUGUUGUGCAUAGGUUACGGCAGAUUCCCUCCGCAAUCGUUAACGGACAUGUGGCUUACGAUGCUCAGUAUGAUCAGCGGUGCUACUUGUUACGCGCUAUUUCUGGGACACGCGACGAAUCUCAUUCAGUCUCUCGAUUCCUCGAGAAGACAAUACCGCGAAAAGGUGAAACAAGUGGAAGAAUAUAUGGCCUAUCGCAAACUACCGCGGGAAAUGAGACAGAGAAUAACCGAAUACUUCGAACACCGAUACCAAGGGAAAUUUUUCGACGAGGAAUUAAUACUUGGCGAACUGUCGGAGAAGCUAAGAGAAGAUGUAAUAAACUACAACUGCAGAUCGCUCGUCGCCUCCGUGCCAUUUUUUGCAAACGCCGAUUCGAACUUCGUCUCGGAUGUGGUCACCAAAUUGAGAUACGAGGUCUUCCAACCAGGUGACAUCAUUAUAAAGGAAGGUACCAUCGGCUCGAAAAUGUACUUCAUACAGGAGGGCAUUGUCGAUAUAGUUAUGGCGAAUGGCGAAGUGGCGACUUCCUUGUCGGAUGGUUCUUACUUUGGCGAAAUUUGUUUGCUGACGAACGCAAGGAGAGUGGCCUCAGUCAGGGCGGAGACCUAUUGCAAUCUCUUCAGCCUCUCGGUGGAUCAUUUCAACGCCGUAUUGGAUCAGUAUCCACUUAUGCGUAGAACCAUGGAGAGCGUUGCCGCCGAGAGGUAUAAACUUUGGUUAAACAAAAUCGGUAAGAAUCCUAACUUGGUCGCGCACCGGGAGGAGGAUCUUGGCAGCGAAUCAAAAACGAUAAAUGCGGUGGUGAACGCGCUCGCUGAACAGGCGGCGCAUGCCAGUGCCAGCGAAGAAUCGGUGCAUAGCAUGGAACUUCGAACGAUGCCAACGUGUCUCCUACCGAGGCCAAAGUCCGAGAACAAUUUUGCGAGUCAAGAACUUACGAGAGAGGGACGUAGGAUCUUCCACAAGAGCGAUACUUUCCACAAGGAUUCGUAUCAAUGACGACACUCGUUAUACUAGCACACGGAGAGAUAUUAAUGGCUCCUCGCUAGACACUGGGUCUUUUUCCUGCGCUAUUCAAAGACGAUAUCAGUUUAUGUGCCGAUGACUGGACGAUAUCUCUUUACGAUUAGGUGAAAACGGUCUACACGUAGUGAUACGCCAUGCCAAUAGUCGUUUUAGCGAUCGGUUUAUAGCGCCUUCUUCUAUUUUAUUCUUUCGUCCAGUAUUUGUCCAUAAAACUGUCAAAGAGGAGAUAAGACCCAAAACUCCAACAGCGACAUCGACCGCCUUUCCGUCAUUUUAGACUCGUCGACUUCUUCUGUGACUUUGUCUCCGUCGUUGCCCUAAUCGCAGCGACGCGCGCCUAUACACAUUUCUCUCUCUCUCUCUAUCUCUCUCUCUCUUUCUCUCUGUAUAUAUAUAUACAUAUAUACAUACACAUAUAUAUAUAUACACAUAUAGUAUAUUCUAUUAUUUUACUUUGUGAUCUUUCAUUAUUUCUUACCUUAUCAAAGGACCCUAUUGCAAUAACGUAGAUAUGACUAGAAAAGAAUAAAGCUAAUUUUUGAAAUUUCAAAAGAAGAAAAAAGAAUAUGAAAUGUGACACGUUUACGAUAGCGACGAUAGAGAUUAAAAGUUAACGAUCAAAGGUGCGUUUAAAUUUUCCUAUCAUACUUGUAAAAAUUCACGAAUAGAGCUGUAAAUAUAUUUACUGUGCGAAAUGAUAAACGUACUUUUGACGCAUGAUAUGAUCAACGUUCAAAGAAAUUCGAAAAGUACAUUCAUUCUUUUGCAGUUUCCAAUUUAGGCCACUUGUCAUUACAGACUCCAGCGCGACAGGAAUUAACGACAACAUAUAUAUAUAUAUAUAUAUAUAUAUAUAUAUAUAUAUAUAUAUAUAUAUAUAUAUUUAUGAUUGAUUUAGAUAUACUUUCUCUCGUAAGCUUUUCUGAUUUGAAAAAGUCGUUCGCGAGGGUGAAAUUAUCGGAGACAAAAUGUUCGAUUGGCUUGGAAAAGAUAAUAGAACGAGGCUACUUUCUAAGCUGACCAUCACCAAGUCUACGAAUUCACAGAAGAAGUAGG